GUUUUAACUCGAGUCUGCGUCGGCAUUGUUGUGCGUUGAAUGAGCGACACUUCUUCCUUUAAACCGACGAGUGUUUGGAGUUUCUCAUGACAGGAGUGUUUCUGCGUCUCACCUCAAAUCACGAUGUUUAAUUUCCACAAGCCUAAGAUGUACCGGAGCAUCGAUGGCUGCUGCAUCUGCAGAGCCAAGUCGUCCAGCUCACGCUUCACCGACAGCAACCGCUACGAGAUGAACUUCAAGAGUUGCUUCGGGUUGGGUGAAAUGCGUUGUGGGGACAUCUGUAACGCCUGUGUCCUCCUGGUAAAGAGAUGGAAAAAGCUUCCAGCUGGAUCCAAGAAGGACUGGAAUCAUGUGGUUGAUGCAAAAGCCGGAUCGAGCAUGAAGGCAACACUGAGGACGAAGAAGAUCAAGAAGAAGCUGAGGCCGAAACAGAUCAGUCGGGUGCAGAGCGAGCUCAAGAGAAACAACUCGGACGCACACAGCACCACCUCCAGCGCUUCACCUGCACAAUCCCCCACCUACAGCAACCAAUCAGACGAAGGCUCUGACAUGGAGCUUUCCCAUGGCUCCGCCCCUUCCCAGGCCUUCUCCUUUCUGGACCUCACCUACUGGAAAAGACAAAAAGUGUGCUGUGGCAUCGUGUAUAAAGGUCGCUACGGAGAAAUCAUCAUCGAUCCCCACCUGUUCAAACCCUGUUGUCAGAGGAAGCCAGACCUGCAGGUGGAGGAGGAGAUGGGAGGGGGGGAGAUCGUAGAGAAGGACCUGCAGCCGCAGCAACAAGAGGAGGGGGAGGAAAGUGGAGAGAUGGCAGAGAAGGACCUGCAGCAGCAGCAGGAGGAGAUGGAAGGAGGGAAGAUAACAGGAAAGGAGGAGAAUGCAGAACAGGAUGAAGGACAGGACGUGAGUGUGAGUGCAUUGAUGCCUCCAGUAUCCACACACGAGGUGGAGGAGGAGAAGGAGGAGCUGAGUGAAGAAGCCCGGUGAUGGCAGCAAAGGGUCGGUAAAGUCUUCCUCAAGGACCAAAAGUACAAGACACUGAUGUAUAAGACUCGACCAAACACUGAAACACACUCGCGCUCUGCGGCUGCUGCUGACUAGAAGUUUAACCAUGGAGUCAGGUUUGGCUGUUUGAUACCAAGAGGGAAAUAUGAAGGCUGCAACUAUUUAGCAAUUCAUCUUCAAGGUGAUCGAAAGACAAAAUAAUGAACUGAGGUCGUCAAAACUUACAACACUUGGAUACUUUUCAAUACCACAUGAUCUAAAAUAAUGCAACCUGUUAUUUUAACGGCUGAAAGUCAUAAACUGUAGAAGCUUUAAUAUUAAAAGUCAUAUGUUUAACCAAAAGCUGCCACGAACUAGAGAGAGAGAGCACUUUCUAAAUUUCACUGACAUGUUGGCAACGUUUAGGUACUUAAACGUUGCCAAUGUUUUUAUGCAAUUUAGACAAAUUAAAAUAAAAACCAUUUAACAAAGCCGUGUCGGUCUUACAGCGGCCGUUGUAAACCACGCUUCAUGCAAGUUCUCCCGAGAGUACAGCAAGUGCUUUUCUGCAACGUAAAAAAACACUAGGUGGACACGGGGCCUUAGCCUGCAAUUUAUGUUCUUCAUAAACGAGUAAAAAAAACAGUAUUGGUUGCCUUGGACUUCUAUUUUUUUGUUGCUGCGCCAUCAAAACAGUUUGAUUUUUCCCUUGUAUCCUAUCCAAGUUUGAAAACAUGUUGCCAUGACAACCCCAUCACCAGCUAUUUGUAAGAUUGGUGAAACAUUUCAGUACUUUUUCAAGUCAUGCGCGCUCUUGAGAAGCUGUUUAAAAUCAUCAUUAUUUUCCCUUUUUUGACAUCUUUCUGCUCAUGAAUGUCAGAUCUAUCGGUAAAGAUCACAACUUUUAGUCGCAGCCCUGCCUCUAUUCCCCCCCCCCC